AUGUUGGCAACUCCAUCAACACCACCUCAGCAACAACAACAAGCCAAUACUACUACCACCACAACUACAACAACAUCCUCCUCAACAUCGGCUGUUUCUGGUGGUGAAGAUCAAUUGUUGAAAUUUUUUGCUAGCAAAUUAUCGAGUCUCAAUGUACCUACAUCAUUAGAAGCAUCAUCAUCGGAGGAUAAAGCAAAUAAUCCAAUUAAUAAGAUUGUGUUUGCUGAUUUGGAGAAGGAAUUUUCAGAUAUUGUUGGUAAAUUAUUAUCGAAUGAGGAUGUUUGUAAAAAAGUUGAUUUGUUCUUGUUAGAUUUAUUCACAAGUGAAAAGAGUACACAAUCAACAAAUUCUGAUUACGAAUUGUAUGAAAAUUAUAUUAGAGUUGCCUAUUAUUUAUACUUGUUGAGUAGUAGAGAAAGCACAAAGAAUAAUUUUGAUUUAAUAUUAUUACAACAUGUUCCUAUUUGUCUCUAUGUUUAUUUCCAAACUAAAAACAAUUCCAAACUUGAUGAAACUCAACAAUUAUUCCUCUCUAAAAUUGAAUCUGUACUCUUACUGAUCUACAAUAAUGAAGGUGUUAAGAGACGUGAAACACCUGAUAAUGAAAAGACCUUGACUUUUAUUGCAAGUCAAAUUAAUGGUAUUAAAACAAGAUAUAAUAAUACUGAAAAGAUUAAUGCAACUAUAACACCAUCAAAGUCGGAUCCAACUCUUUCCACAAGUUUAUUAUUGGGUUCGUCUCAUGCCAAUGAAGAUUUUUACACUGGUAUUUCAUCUAAAACACUCUAUGUUAGAAGUGAACUCAUGAAAAAUCAAGAAUCUCUCUAUCCAUUAUUUUUCAGAGAUCACGAAAGUUCUCUCCCACUUGCAACUGAAAUUAAUGAUAAGGUUUUAGGAGUUGUUUGCCAAACAUUUUCAAAGAGAUUGGAUGUUUUGUCAUUAGGGUCAAUUUUCACAUUUAUGAGAGUUGUUCAAAAAUUAGUUUCACAAAAAGUACCAUACAGAAUUCCUACAAUGGAACAAGUUGAAAUUAUUAGAACUAGAAAUGAACAAGCCAAGAAAAUUAUGGAAGAAAGUUUGAAAGUUAUCAGAGAAGAUACUACUCAUGAAUCUCAAUCAGCUGGUACAUCAGAAUUCACUAGUUCAAUUAGUGAAACUGAAAUUCAACUUGAUAUUGAAACUCCAACACCAAAGAAAGAUAAGAAGAAGAAAAUGUACUAUCACGAAUAUCUCACUCAACUUGAUUUAAUAACAAUGUAUUCUGAACAUUAUGGAGAUGUGGAAUCUAACGAAUCCACAAAUGAGCCAGUCAAUGCAAGAAGAAUUCCUCUCUCUGAGAGCUUUAUCAAUGAAACACUUGCCGUUCUCAAACAUACCUCCCAAAGUUUGGACAAGUUAUCCCAACAAUAUGCUCCACAAGAUUUAUUUGGUUCAAAACAAACUUCAUCUAAGGCAGUUAUUGUUGAAGUAUUGUAUGCUGUUUAUUUGCGAUUAAUUUAUGAUUUUGUAGAUUCUAGAUCACUGUUACAAGUUCAGUCAAUGCUAAAAAUGUUAGAUUAA